AUGUCCUUCAUUAAAAACUUGCUAUUUGGGGGCGUGAAAACAAGUGAGGACCCAACCGGCCUCACAGGGUCCGGAGGCUCAAACACGAACGACUCGAACAAAUCCAACGAACCAGUGGUGGCGGGAAAUUUCUUUCCGAGGACGCUGUCCAAGUUCAAUGGCCACGACGAUGAAAAAAUAUUUAUUGCUAUUAGGGGCAAAGUCUACGAUUGUACAAGGGGGAGGCAGUUUUACGGGCCCAGCGGACCAUAUACUAACUUUGCAGGCCACGAUGCCUCGCGUGGCCUUGCACUCAACUCCUUUGAUCUGGAGGUCGUCAGAGAUUGGGACCAGCCUCUCGACCCCUUGAAUGACCUAACAAGGGAACAGAUGGAUGCGCUGGAUGAGUGGCAAGAACAUUUCGAAAACAAGUAUCCUUGCAUUGGCACUUUGAUUCCGGAGCCGGGCGUCAACGCAUGA